CAAAGAUUAGCUUAAAAUUUGAAAUUAAAGUUAUAUUAAAAUGUGGACAAACGCUCUGAUCUUGGUGUUAGCACUAUGUCAAACAAAUGCCGUUUUUAAUUCAAAAUGCAGUACAAAUCCCAUCAGUAAAUCUGGUGGACGGCCACAAAAUUCCGACCAUAGGUUUGGGUACAUAUGAUCUGACAAAUCAACAGGAAGUGAUGGACCGGAUUCUGAACGACGCCUAUGAUCUCGGCUACAGACAUAUCGACACCGCAUAUGUCUACCAGAAUGAAGAGCUCAUCGGUAGAAGUUUGGCCAAAAUGUUCGCCGCGAAUAAGACUAGAAGAGAGGAUCUGUUUAUCACAAGCAAAGUGUGGAAUGUGUUUCAUAAGCGAUCGCAAGUCGUUGAGGCCAUGAAGUUAUCGUUGAAUAUGUUAGGCGUCGACUACUUGGACCUGUCGUUAGUCCACUGGCCGCUGGCCUUCAGAAGCGGAACCGGAUUUUUGCGGCCUUUGGAUGAGAAAGAGAGAGAGAGAGAGAGAGAGAGAGAGAGAGAGCAUUUACCUGAUUUACAACAGACCCCGAUGCUUUUAACUAAUCCCAAUUUGUACGCGUCCUCCAUUCCCCUCCACGUCUCGACAACACUUAUGUCCAAAUCAGCUGAGGAUCCGUUCGCCUGUUUUGGGUGA